GGAGCAUUCAAUGCCGCCCUUUCCCUCCUCCCCCACCACUCCUCCGCCGCCGCCGCUCUCGCUCCCACCACUCUCAUCGACCACUGCGCGCGCGGAGCGGACAGCGCACGCGCCGCCGCCGCUCUGCAAUCCUCCUCCGCCACCGCCCCCCUUUCGCUGCGCCGCAGUUCCCGCGCCCCCUCCGCCCAUAAGCGACGCGAUUUUUCCUCCUCUGCCCUUCUCCCCCGGUUCCCCCAAUGCCCCUGUGGCGAGCUCGGCCCCGUGGAGUAGGGGCGGCCUUCGUGGAAGCUUAGAUGCCGCACUGACGCUCGUUCGGGCCUGAGGACGGAGGCUUCAAGUUGAAGCAAUCUUGGUUCUGGGGCGCGUCGAUUUUUUGGGUAGCAGAGAAAAAGGGGGGAAAUCAACAAAUCAGUCUGCUGUUCCAAUGCUGUGCGAUGAGGGUGACUGACUAGCUACUCCACCACCACCCCUUUGUUCUUGCUCCUUGGGAUCUUCCGCCCGCCCCAAGUUUGAAGAAAUGGGACAUGUGCUGCUUCUAGCAGUGUGCUUCCUGGUCUUGCUGCCUGGUUGGGCCUGCGGCCUUGGCUCCAUGUCAUCCAUUGCAGUAUCUUAUGGGGAGGACGGUCCGGUGUUCUGUGGGCUCAGCUCCGACGGCUCCCACCUGGUCGCCUGCUUUGGUGCGGACGCCUCUGUUCUGUAUGGCGCGCCGCCCAACAUCCCGUUCCUUGGUGUUACAGCUGGGGAUGGGUUUGUUUGUGGCCUCUUGCUUGACACCAGGCAGCCUUACUGCUGGGGGAGCAACUCCUAUGUCAAGAGCGGGGUGCCACAGCCGAUGAUCGAGGGCGCAAAGUACUCUGAGCUCAGUGCAGGGGACAACCACCUCUGCGCACUACGAGCGGCUGCAGAUGGGAUUCAUGGCGCUGAUGAUGGUGCGUCAUUGAUCGACUGCUGGGGAUACAAUAUGACUGCCACACAUGUUCUCGCUGAAGCUGUGUCGACCAUUUCAGCCGGUUCGGUGUUCAAUUGCGGCUUGUUUGCGCGGAACAGGACAGUGUUCUGCUGGGGUGAUGAAACGGUGAGUGGUGUUGUCGGGCUAGCACCAAGGGAUCUGCGCUUCCAGUCUAUAGGAGCAGGCGGUUACCAUGUCUGUGGAGUGUUGGAGAAUGCACAGGUGUUCUGCUGGGGCAGGAGCUUGGAAUUGCAGCAGGUGGCACCAUCCAGUGCUAUUGGUGAUGGUGAUGUGAACAUAGUGCCAAUGGAUGCGAUGAUCUCAGUCGUUGGUGGGCGGUUCCAUGCUUGUGGCAUCAAGAGCCUUGAUCACCAAAUAGCUUGCUGGGGUUUCACACUUCAUAACAGUACAUCACCACCAAAAGGGCUCAAGAUGUAUGUGCUUGUGGCUGGAGACUACUUUACUUGUGGAGUACCUGCUGAGACAUCACUGAUGCCAAGGUGCUGGGGCAACAGUGGGCCAUUGGCAUUACCAAUGGCGGUACCCCCUGGGAUUUGUGUUCCUAAUGUAUGCAGCCAUGGGUACUAUGAGUUUAUGAACCAUGGUGAAGUUGGCAGUAGCAAGUUGUGUAAGCCUGCAAAUUCUAGACUCUGUCUGCCCUGUAGUACAGGUUGUCCAGAAGAUUCGUUUGAGGCAUCUCCUUGCAAUGCGACAGCUGACCGUGUUUGCCAGUUUGAUUGCUUGAGGUGUGCCACAGAUGAGUGCAUGUCAUUCUGCUUAUCACAGAAGCGGACUAAGAGCAGAAAGUUGAUGGCUUUUCAGAUGCGUAUCUUUGUAGCAGAGAUUGUAUUUGCUGUCAUCUUGGUACUCAGCGUAUCAGUAAUCACUUGCCUAUAUGUCCGGCACAAACUUCGACAUUGCCAAUGUUCAAAUAGCGAGCUGAGACUGGCAAAGAGCUCUUUCCGGAAGGACAACAUGAGGAUCCAGCCUGAUGUGGAGGAUUUGAAGGUCAGGAGAGCUCAAGAAUUCUCCUAUGAAGAGUUAGAGCAAGCAACAGGUGGCUUCUCAGAGGAUUCACAAGUCGGCAAAGGCAGCUUUUCAUGUGUAUUCAAGGGCAUUUUGAGAGAUGGGACAGUGGUUGCCGUGAAGCGUGCAAUAAAAGCAUCAGAUGUGAAGAAGAGCUCAAAGGAGUUCCAUAAUGAACUUGACCUCCUCUCCAGGCUCAACCAUGCACAUUUGCUCAACCUGCUUGGUUACUGUGAGGAUGGCAGUGAGAGGCUCUUGGUUUAUGAAUUCAUGGCUCAUGGAUCUCUGUACCAGCAUCUGCAUGGUAACAAUCCAAACUUGAAAAGGCGACUGAAUUGGGCCAGGCGGGUCACCAUUGCUGUCCAGGCUGCUAGGGGAAUCGAGUACUUGCAUGGCUAUGCUUGCCCUCCAGUAAUUCACCGGGACAUCAAGUCGUCAAACAUAUUGAUUGACGAGGAUCACAAUGCGCGUGUUGCUGACUUUGGUCUAUCUAUAUUGGGUCCUGCAGAUAGUGGUACCCCACUAUCUGAGCUGCCAGCAGGGACACUUGGCUACCUUGACCCUGAGUACUACCGUCUCCAUUACUUGACUACAAAGUCCGAUGUCUACAGCUUCGGAGUUUUUCUCUUGGAGAUAUUAAGUGGCAGGAAAGCAAUCGACAUGCAAUUUGAGGAAGGGAAUAUUGUUGAAUGGGCAGUACCACUGAUCAAAGCUGGGGACAUUUUUGCCAUCCUUGAUCCAGUCUUAUCUCCACCCUCUGACCUCGAGGCUCUCAAGAAGAUUGCUUCUGUGGCCUGCAAAUGUGUCAGAAUGCGAGGAAAAGAUCGGCCUUCCAUGGAUAAGGUGACAACAGCUCUGGAGCAUGCUCUUGCUCUGCUGAUGGGCAGUCCAUGUGUCGAGCAGCCCAUCCUACCAACCGAGGUUGUUCUUGGAAGCAACCGGAUGCACAAGGUAUCACAGAUGUCCUCUAACCACUCUUGCUCAGAGAAUGAGCUUGCCGAUGGGGAGGAUCAGCGGAUUGAGUAUAGGGCGCCAUCCUGGAUAACUUUCCCUAGCGUGACCUCAUCACAGAGGAGGAAAUCAUCUGCAUCAGAAGCUGAUAUCACUGGCAGAACGACCACAGAAGGUAGGAAUGUCGGGAGCAGUAUAGGUGAUGGACUGCGGUCGCUGGAGGAAGAGAUCAGCCCGGCCUCACCGCAGGAGAACCUGUACCUGCAGCACAACUUCUGAAGAAAUGUCAGGAGCUGCAGAAUUUAACGCAGUGACUCUCUGCCAUUGCUGGGCGUCAUUUUAAAUUGAGAAUUUGCACCCUGUUGCUAUAUGGCAAUGCAUUACAGUGUUUAUACAUCCUAUAUAGUAGCAGGCCAUUUAAAAACAAAGAGAGCUAAUUAGUAGUGUACUGGAAGAAAAAUUUAGCAUCCAGGGGCAUUUCUUUGUAGAUUCAUAUGGCCUUUUCUGUUAUUUCCCUGAUGUUAUUUGUCUGUUGGUGACUACGAUUGAUGAAUUAUCUUGUCUCUUUCGCUUACGAAAUUGUGUAGUUUCCUUAA